AUGUCCACCCCCUUGAGCCUGUGUUGUAUUGCUUACCCGCUCUCGCUCUCGUUCCUGCCACUCCGCUACUCUGCUGCUUCUUUUAUUGAUCCACGAGGAAUUAAAGCGCGAUACGGAGGCGAGGCGCAGCAAAAGGAACAAGAUAAAAUUGACUACGACCACCAAAAGAAUCAAAGAUUUCUCCGUAAGACGUACCAACACAUAGUCGAUUUAAGAUUUCAAAUCGGGAAGCUUCCCUCGUCUCCAGCAACCACUCUCUUGGGUUCUGCAGUUCCAUGGCGUGAGACAAAUACAGAUACAUGCAUGUGCAAAUACAUCGUUUACCGCAUAUGGUUAGAUCGUCAUCGCGUUACUGCUUUGAGAAUGAAACCCGAGCGUGCAUUCCAACCUGCAAGGGCAUGCACUGAUCAACAUUCUUUCGCGUCAACACCCACCCUCGUCUCGAGUCAGGCCGUAUCAUAUGCGGCUGCCGUUCAUUUUUAUCAUCUCAGCAACUUGGAGAUUGCUCUUUCUACGCAAACAGAGUAUCAAAACGAUACCACAUUCUACAAGUAUUACCAAGCUUGUUUCAAUGGUGGAACCAUAAGUCUCGUAACCUUAGUCGAUGCUUCCGUUCAAGUUCCCGUCGCUUUUUGGAUCAUCGUACUUUCCCUUACCGAACACCAUCGUUCCGUACGACCUUCAACGAUUCUCGAGCUCUUUCUCCUGCUCUCAUUCCCACCAGAUAUUCUUCAAGCAAAAUUUGCACCACUUCUGCGCGGCGACAAGACUGGUUCCAUUAUAGUUAUUCUUGCUGCGACUACCGAGCUAGCCCCUCUGGUCGCCGAGGUCAAGGGUAAGGAGGCGAUCCUCCUGCCUCAUAAUAGAGCCCUUUCGCCAGAGUUACUGAGUGGCUUUAUCUGUAGCCGAUUUCUUUGGUGGCUCUACCCGCUUUUCCUCAAAGGCUCUCAACGCAUAUUGCAGUUCCGAGAUCUAUUUCCAUUGGAUGAUGCAUUGCUAGCCGAGAAGCUUGGUCUCGACCUAAAAGCGAAAUGGGAGCAGCGUUCCAUUCCUCAUCGCCGAGUCUUGCAACACGUUGAACGUAACAACACUCCUAAUCGAAAAUGGAACUCAUCUUCGUUGGUCACUAUGACUGGUAUCAUCUACGUUGGAAUUGCGUUCUCAUCCGUACACACUAGCCACAAUCUUCAUCGAUUCAUUACAGCAUUCCGUGCUGCUACUAUCUCCUUGAUAUAUGAUCGCGCCCUUGCUUUGCAUGAGACUUCGUAUCAUGCAUCUGCCACAGUAGCCAUCAUGACUACGGAUGUUGAUAGAAUCUCCUACUUUUUGGAAGAGUGGACAGAAUGCUGGUCGAGACCGAUUGAGAUUAUCAUUGGCAUUCUCCUCCUUACUUUACAGUUAGGUUGGGUCUCUGUAAUCCCACUGUUGGUUGUUGGAACGUCCUUCGGAUCAUCCAUGAUUGCAAAGUCGAUUGGCAAUAAGCAGCGAAAAUGGGCAGAUGCCACACAAAAGCGAGUCUUGAAUACCAGCUCCGUACUUAACCAGAUGAAGAGCGUGAAAAUGAUGGGCUUGGAAGCAACUCUUGCUGCUUCUCUUCAAGAUGAAAGAAUCAAAGAAACGAAACUCAUGGAAAAGUGGUCAAAGGUCAAAAUAUGGAUGAACACUAUUGAAAAUGCUCCAAUGAUUUUCUCACCGGCGGCCACCUUCGCGGUGUACGCUGUCCAAGCCAGACUUCAAGAUCAAGAAUCUCUAAAUGCGAUAAAAAUAUUCACAAGCCUUGCGCUCAUCAUGCUUGUCUCCCAACAAACGUCCAGAUUCCUGAAUGCGAUCCCCAACGCGGUAUCAAGUUUUGGAUGGUUUAACAACAUCCAGGUGUUCCUCCUAUCCCGUUCGUUUUCGGAUCGGAGGAUCCUUUCAAAAGACGGAAAUCUUCAAGUGGGCAAUGGACAUUUUGCAGAUACUGAUUCUCAAUUGAGCUUUGAAUUCAUUCCACGUAGUGGAACAGACGAAUCAGUAGUUUUAAUGGAGCAUGUUACGAUCAGAUUUGAUGAGAUUUCUGUCCCGGUCCUUUAUGAUGUCAACAUCCGGUUCGCAAGAGGAGAAAUCACUAUGAUCACUGGUCCUAUUGGCUCAGGAAAAACUGCUGUCCUCAAAACACUCCUAGGCGAAUUCGAGCCAUCCGAAGGACGAAUCAGCAUUCGAACCAAGAAUAUCGCAUACUGUUCACAAGCCCCAUGGCUCCCAAAUGGUACAAUACGGGACGUCAUAUGUGGAUCUCGCUAUAUUGAACACAUUGAUGAAGAGUGGUAUAAAACUGUUGUACAAGCUUGUGGUCUCUAUCCUGACCUCUUGGCAAUGCCCGAGGGAGAUCGGACACUUGUUGGGACGAGAGGAGCGGCUUCAAGUGAUAGUCAGAAACAGCGAUUGGCGCUCGCUCGAGCGCUGUAUUCUCGACCCGAUAUCUUUAUUUUGGAUGAUGUGCUGAGUGGAGUUGGCAAAGCAACCAAGGAUAUGGUACUGAAACGAUUGUUUGGACGCGAGGGUCUUUUCCAUAGGCUGAGUGCAACUGUUAUCUUGGCGACGAGUGCUGUUGAAUAUUUGCCCAUGGCAGAUCAUAUUAUCUUGCUAGCCAAAGACAAAACUAUACGGCAAGGUACCUAUCAGGAAUUUGAGCAGUCAUGUUUCCCGCCUCCAGCCACGACAGAAAAAGCAACAAACAGUUUUCAUCCACACCGAGAGACUAGACAAGCUGCUCGGGAUCUGAGCACUUUGCUUGAUAAAUACAUACUAAGUGACGAAACGCAAGAUUUGACCAGACAAACAGGAGACUUUGCCAUAUACAGCUAUUAUCUCACGUCCGUAGGGACAUGGAAGAUUUUAGCUUUCAUCUUCUUCUGCUUACUAACUGCUUUGGCAAGCAGCUUCAGACACAUUUGGCUGGAGUGGUGGACUUUGCUCCAUGGUCGUCAAACAACACUCCACAUCAGCGUCUACUUCGGCUUUGGAAUCCUUUAUACAGUCGGUAUAUGGAGCUAUGGUUGGACUAUGUCAGUCAUGAUUGGUCCAGCUACAGGUCGCAAGCUUCAUGAAGUCUUACUAAACGCCGUGAUGGGGGCAACACAAGCUUUCUUUGCCAAAACUGCAACCGGCUCAAUUCUCAACAGGUUCAGUCAUGACAUGAUGCUCAUUGAGCGUCCGCUCGCGUAUUCCGUCUUGGCAACAGUCUCCAAUUUCCUCGCUGCCCUGGCACAAGCUGCUCUUGUCGCCACUGGCUCGCUCGAUAUGGUUCCCACAAUUCCAUUUUUCCUACUCGCAAUUUACACCGUGCAGCAUACAUAUCUGCGUACAUCUCGCCAAAUUCGAUAUCUAGAGCUGGAAUUCCGAGGUCCCCUUCUCUCUCACUUCCUUGAUACCCUUGAGGGUCUUUCCACCAUUAGAGCUUUUGGCUGGGAGCGAGAGUGGAUGGUUGAAUGUCUGAAACGACUCGAAGCAUCACAACGACCUUAUUACCUUCUUUCCUGUAUCCAAAAGUGGCUGGCGCUUAUGUUAGAUCUGAUCACGGGUGGCAUGGCUUUCGCACUUGUCAUUAUGGCAACUAUUGCAAAUGGCGCUACUAGUGUUGGAUUACUUGGAGUUGCGAUGAACAACAUCUUAGCUUUCAAUAUUAGUUUAGGGGCUUUUAUCAGAGGCUGGAUGAAUCUCGAGACCAGUAUCGGAGCUAUUGCAAGAUUGAAAAACUUCGAAAAUAAUGCUGCAGUGGAAGCUAGAGAGGGUGAAAGUUUCGAGCCUGCAGAAGAUUGGCCUUUUGAAGGACGUGUGGAUAUUCAGAAUAUUAGUGCAUCGUUUAGCCCCUUCGCAACAGGACUCCAUGAAAUCACGAUGACGAUCCAACCAGGUCAGAAACUAGGGAUCUGCGGCCAAAUUGGAAGUGGCAAAGAUUCGGUCUUCUCAGCCAUCCUCCGCCUCUUCGAAAUCAGCUCAGGCCGAAUCCUCAUCGAUAAGCUAGACAUCUCAACCCUUCGCCGCCAACUAACCAUCAUCCCACAAGAUACUCUUCACCUCAAUGGCUCUUUACGCCUCAACGUCGACCCAUUCCGUAGCAGGAGCGAUCCUCAAAUCAUCACUGCACUUGCCAAAGUUGGUCUAUGGGAUGUUCUAUCAAUACGUGGAGGUCUUUGAUGCUGAGUUUCUUCGCGAUUCUCUUUCGCUUGGACAGAACAGACUUCUAGCGCUUGCUAGAGCAUUGUUGAGGAAAAGCAAAAUUGUUCUGCUUUAUGAAGCAACGAAUAAAGUUGAUUUACAAACCGAGGAGAAGAUACGGAUGCUGAUGAAAGAGG